AUGUCUGAAAACAAUCUACUUUCUACCCUCAAUGGCUCUAACAACAACUGCCCUUACAUAAAAAAAGGCGUAAAAUACCUCGUCGAGACCUCGCCGGAGAUGACGUCACUGCCGCCGGAAUACGUUCUGCCGCAGCUGCAAGAAGACCCGCUGUCGGCAUCCACGGCGGAGGUCCCUGUAAUAGAUUUGAGCGGUCUUGAUGGUCCUCCUCAUCUUAGGCUUUCCACUGUCAAAGCCAUAAGCUCUGCCUGUGAGCUUUGGGGUUUUUUUAGGAUCAUCAAUCAUGGGAUUAGAGAAAGUUUGCUUGAGGAAAUGUUGGGUGUUGCUCAAGAAUUCUUUGAUCUGAGUUUGGAUGAGAAAAUGAAGUAUGCUUCAGAUGAUGUGUUGUGUCCUGUAAGGUAUGGGACAAGUUUGAACACAUCAAAGAAGCAUAACCUUCACUGGAGAGACUAUUUCAGGCACUAUGGACAUCCAUUUGAGAAUAGCUUUCACUUGUGGCCUCUUAAUCCUCCUCAUUACAGAAAUGUGGCAAGGGAGUACAUGGAGGAGAUAUGGAAAGUGGCAAUGAAGUUAGCAGGUGCAAUAUCAGAAGGCCUAGGGCUUGAUGUUGGGUACAUAGAAAAAUCAAUGGGCCAGGGCAUACAGAUUCUGGCCAAUAACUACUACCCACCAUGCCCAGAGCCCAACAAAACACUUGGGCUUGCGGCCCAUUCAGAUCAUGGUGGAAUCACUAUAUUGAUGCAAAAUGGUGUGAAUGGGCUGCAAAUCAGAAACAACAACGAAUGGCGUGCUGUUGACCAUGUACCGGGCACUUUGCUUGUCAACAUUGGAGAUUAUUUGGAGAUUUUAAGCAAUGGAAAAUACAAAAGCGUGGAGCAUCGAGGGACGGUGAACGCCGACAAGACGAGAAUCUCAGUGGCUGUUGGACAUGGGCCUGAUCUUCUAAGCACUGUGCAGCCUGCUAGCCCACUUGUUGAAAAGAAAGAAAGGGCCAGUUUUCGGCCCAUUACCUACAAAGACUACAUAAAGUUUCAACAGACUACCCCAGUUCGAGGGAAAAGUGCGCUGCAGGCUAUAUUGAUCAGCAAAUGA